AUGGCGCUGGUUCUCGCCGCUACGUCCAAUUCCCCCGUCGUCGCCGCCUCCGCCGCCGCCGCAACAGCAGAAACAGCAGCCUCGAUUGUUGUCUCUGCUUCUGAUGCCGCAGAACGUAGCAGCCCCUGCCGCAAGCGCCGCCACGUGGUCGAUGGAGCCGAUGGCGGCGCCGCAUGCGCUACGAGAAGCUCGCCGCCGACCGCCGACCACGCCGCCGCUGGUAAAGCUUCUCCAGGCUCUGCGACCAAUGCCGUCGGUGGCGCGGUCGUCAUGUCGCAUGCCGCCGCCGGCGAAGCCGUGCGACGCGUGGGGACGGGGAUUUCUCUCAAGCGCCUCAAGACGGAGAGCCGCGCGCGCAGCUGGGCGGCCAGCGGAGCUUCGCCGCGCGGCGCAUCAGGCGCAGGCGGCGGUGCGCGCCAGGGCGCCGGAAAGAGCGGCGGAAAUGCGCGCGCCGCAUCCUCUGCCGGCGGAGCUCACGGAAGGGGCGGCGGAGCGGGUCCGACCGCGUCUGCCGCCACGACCAGCGGAGGCGGAGAGCUAGCCGUUGCCUUGUCCGAUGGCGGCGGCGUCGGCGGAGGCGUUGGCAACCUUACCACAGGAGGCGCCGCGGUGAUCCCGCACCGCGACCGCCACAGCAAGGUGCAGACGUCCAAGGGGCUCCGCGACCGGCGCGUGCGCCUGUCUGUCCCCGCGGCACUCGCGUUCUACGACGUACAGGAUCGGCUCGGCGCGGACCACCCGUCGGAAGCGCUGGAGUGGCUGCUGAUGCACGCCGCGCAAGCCAUCGCGCACCUUCCCUCCGCGCCCCAUGGCGGCGGCCGCGGAGGUGAUGGCUCCGCGGGGCGCGCGACGGCGACGACGGCGGCGGCGGCCCUAUCGACAGGCACGUCUCUCCCCGCCCCUGUGGCUGGCAACGCCCGCGCAGCUGCGCGCGCUGCUGCACAAGCCAGCGCAGCAGGGAUUGGCGGAAGGGGAAAUGGCGCAGCGGCGGCUGGUACUGGUGUUGCUCCGAAAGCUGCUGGUGGUGGUGUUGCUGGUGCUGGUGGCGUGGAUAGCGGAGUUACUUCCUCCGAGGUACCUGUGGCAGCUGCUGCACGUCCCGCACCGUCAUCACGUCCCGUGCCUGCUAUGUCCGCGCCUGCGCCAUCGAUCCCCACCAGAGCCGGCAGCACCGGGUGCUCGCCUGCGCUUGCUUGCGCUGCCCUCACUCCUAGAAGACUCGCCUCCCCUCUCGCGCUCCCUCCCCCCAUCCCACCCCCCCCCGCCGCUGCUGCUGCUGCUCCUGGCGGAGCGGCCAGUCGUUGCCUUCCCCAGGCGCACCUGGCGGCGCACCAGGCAAGCUCCGCAGUGGGCACAGCAGCAGCGCUGACGGCUGGUGUGGGCGGGCGGCGGCAGCAGAACCACGUGGUGUUCGCCCUGCCUGCCACUCCUGCCUCCUCCGCACCUGCCGCUACUGGUGCUGGCACUAGCACCGCUGCUGCUGCGACUACUGCCUCUGGUGGGGCACCCAUGGAGCAGUCAGCAGCUGCUGCUGCUUCUGCUGCCGUGUCUGGUAGCCCUGGUGGGUCCAUGUCACUCAUUGGCUGUGCUGCCACUGCCACUGCUGCUGGUACUGCUGGUACUUGCUCAGAAGGAGAGGCUGGUAGGGUGGGAGGCAGAGGGGGAGGAGGUGGGGAGGCUGUGAGCGUGUGUGUGUCGGGGCCUUGUGCCACGACAACCACGACCACGAACAACAAUGGCGUUGCUGCUGGCAACGCGGGCAAGAGCAACAAUGUGUACGGGGAGAGCAAACAAGCAGACGGCAACGUUGCUUCUGCCGCUGCUGCUGCCACCACAACGACCACGACCACCAGCGGCAGUCAGCAGUAUGAGCAGGAGCAGCAGCAGACGCUUCACUCAUUGCACAAACGCACCCGUUUCAGCCAUGCCAGUGCCAAUGCCAACCCCCAUCGGCAGCACAACCACCUGCACCAUCCGCACCAAUCCCAUCGCCCCACGUGUCAACCAUCGGGUCUCGGCGUGCCUCCUGUGUCCGUGGGUGAAGUGUGUGGAAGGCCACGUGGCACCAUCAGCACCUCCUCUUGCCACUCCGGCCCUGCUUCCGCUGCUGGUGCUGCUGCAACCGCUGCGGCUGCUGCUGCUGCUGCUGCUGCCGACGCCGGUGCUACUGCAGCCACUGGCGCUGCUGCAGCUGCCACUACUACUGCUGCUGCUGCUGCGUCUGCCGUUUGCGCUGGUCCUGCUACUGCUGCUGCUGCGCCUGCUGGUGUGGAUUCACACGCGGUGGCUAGUGCUUGUGGCGGGAUGGACUUUAACGAGGAUGACUGGGCCCUGGGAGAUUCGUCGAAGCUGGGGUUUGAAUUCCCAUGGGAGGCGAAGAGGGAGGUUGGAGAAGAGGUGGGGGAAGGGGAGGGGGAGGGGGAGGGAGAGGAGGAAAAGGAGGACGAGGAUGAGGAGGAUGAGGAAGAGGAGGAAGAUGAGGAGGAGGAGAGGGAAAGGGAGAGGAAGAAGGUGGUGGUGCGUGGGCUGGUGGCAAAAGCAGUGGCGGCGUGUGGAGGUGUGGUGGAGGGGGAGAUAGAUGGAGUGUACUGUGUGAAGCGCGAGGGGAAGAGGCUGCGCUUACCAUCCGACCAUGGAGGGAAAGGCAAGUCGUUUGCUGCUGCUGCUGCUGCUGCUGCCGCUGCUGCCGCUGCUGCUGGUGAUGCUGGGUGUGCUGGUGGUGGUGGUGAUCCGAUGGUGGUGGUGGAAGCACGGCAUGCAGCGGCGUCACAGCAAGGUCAGAAUGCAAGCUCAGGCGUGGAAGAGGGGGAGGUGCAGCAGAGCCUGCACCUCCCUCCGCAGCACCAUCAAGAGCACAAUCAGGAGCAGCAGCAUCAGGAUCGCCAUCACCACGAGGAGCAGCAGCAGCACCACGAGUUGCAUGCAUUGCACGAGGAGGAUCAACACCUGGCAGGGCUGACAGCUGAGGAGAUGGAGCAAGCAGCGCACGGCAUCACGUCUGCUGCCGCGGCAGCAGCAGCGCCACUGCACCAUGUCCCAGCCCAUCACUUCCCUGCUCUUUCUGCCCCCGCCGCCCUCCCCACCGACCACCACAUGACUGCACACGUGUUCCCACACGUCCACACAGGCGGCAAGGCCAUCCCAGCAGCAGCAGCAGCAGGCGCAGCAGUGGCGGGCAAGAGCAUGUGGGCGAGCCCUGGCAUGCUGGCAUCCGCCUUUUCAAGCAGUCUAGGUGACCUCAUGGAUCUGGGCGGGCCUGAUGGCUGCGACCUCGCUCUGGCCAUGGGCCUGCCGCCCUCGCCCCUGCACUUCCCUGCCAUGCACCAUGCCGGUGGGGAUGUGCAUGGCGGUGGGGGUGAGGAGGGUGGGGGUGUGGAUGGGGAUGGGGAUGGCGAGGAUGAGUUGGCACAGGCACGUGCUGACGAUGAUGGGUUCGCUCUGCACCACCCACACUCACUUCCCUUGUACAGCCCGUCUUCUCCUAGUGCUGCUGCUGCUGCCGCUGCUGCCGCUGCUGCCGCUGCAGCUGGUACAUCCCUCCCCGGUCUCCCCUCAAUCCCCACUCUCCGAACCGCCAUGCCCUCAAUGCACUGCCGCAUGCACUCAGCAGCAGACCCUGCCAAUGCCUCCUGGGGCAAUCCCUUCACCUCUCACCGCGCUUUCACCCCAUUCGCCUCGCUCCACUACCCACCCAUGGGUUUGCUGCCCCCAUCCCCAGCAGCGGCAGCAGCAGCAGCUGCGGCGGCAUCAGCGGCUCAUGCGAGGGCGACGAUGGGAGGUGAUACAGGUGCAGGGCUCAUGUCGGGUGCCUCUCUGUCAGGCCAUUCUCUGGGGCCUGCACCGCUAGGCCUGCCCUGGUAUGAUGGUGUGGGACAGCAGAUGGGGUAUCCGCCUGCUGCUUCUCCUGCGUCUGCUGCUGCUCUGGCCCCUCUUUCUGGUACGCCUGCUGGCGCUCUGGAUGCUCCCAAUGGUGCUGCUGGCGGUGCUGUAUCCUGGUCGCAGCAGCAGCAGCAGCAGCAGCAGCAGCAGCAGCAGGAACAGCAGCAGCAGGAACAGCAACAGCAGCAGCAGCAGCGGAGCUUACAGGACGGACAUAAGCAACACCAGCAGCAGGAGCAGGAGCAGGAGCAACAGGAGGGUGGUGAGAGCAACGGGCAGUCACACAAGGGUCAGGACGGAUCAUCCGCCUCCUCCGUUGCCUAUGCCGCACUCGCCUCUGCUGCUGAUCCCACCGCUUCUCUCUCAGCCUCUGCUGCCUCUGCCUCUGCCUCUCUCACGCCGCCUGCAGCUGCUGCUGGCGCCGUGGCAGGUGCCAGUGCCGGCUCCAAUGCCAUCAUUGUCGAUUCAUGCGCUGCUCUCCCUCACUCUACCCGUGCCGCUGCCACUGCCGCUGGCACUACCCCUGCCACUGCCCCUGCAACCUCCGCCACCACCACCACCACCACCACCUCCUCCCACCCACUCCCCCACUCCCACCACCACCAGCAACUCAUUCUAGCCUCCACUGGCUCUUCCCUUGCUGCUGCUGCUGCAACAGCAGGGGGGGGAGCAGGGGCCUUGUACCCCUACACCCCAAUGCGCCAUGCUCCCCUGCACUACACCCACCCCCACCCUGCUUUCUACCCUGAUGCUACAGCAGCGCGGUACCUCGCGCCUGCCAUGUGUCUGGCUCCCUUGCACGACUCCCAUCUCCAUCCCGCCCAGGGCCUGCAUUCCGUGUGCACUACCAGGCACACCGGCAGUGCCAGUGCGAGUGCCGGUGGCAGGGGAGGAGCUGGGGAUUUGUGCAGCAGCCAUGUGCGCGGUGUUGGAAGGGAGUUUGGCAGGGGGGUGGGGAGAGAGUAUGGAGCAAAGGAGCAGUGUGUGCAGGCAUGCUGCAACCCUGUUGCUGCUGCUUUAGGUGGAACGACUACUGCCUCAGCUGCUCCCACGGCACAUACAUUUGAAGGCUUCUGA